CUCCCAUGGCACCACGAUAUGCUCUAGAUAUUAUGGAUCGAACACUCCGUGAUAUUAUGAAUAAUGAUUUACCAUUUGGUGGAAAAAUUGUUAUAUUGGGUGGUGAUUUUAGACAACUUCUUUCAAUUAAAGUACGAGGUACUCGAAGUGAAAUUAUAAAUCUUUCUAUUAAAUUUAGUAACAUAUGGAAAUAUUUUAAAAAGUUUUCUUUAAUACAAAACAUGCGAGUUUCUCUAAAUGAAAUUGAAUUUGCAAAAUUUUUAAUAGAAAUGGGUGAUGGGAAAUUGAAUGAUUCUAAUGACAAUAUUCAAAUUCCUGAAUGUUGCAUAGCUCCAUCUGAUGCAGAUAUUGUUACAGAUAUAUAUGGUGAUUUAAUACAAAAAAGAGAUUUUAAUAAGAUAGCUAAAUGUGCGAUACUUUCAGCGAGAAAUAUUGAUGUAGACGAAAUUAAUAAACGAGUUGUUGAAUUACUAAAUGUAACAGAAGAACGAAUUUAUACAAGUGUAGAUAGUGCUGUAAACUGCGGUGAUAAUGGUGAUAUUGGUGAAUCUUUAUUACCAGAAUAUUUAAAUAGUUUGUCUCCAUCAUGUCUUUCUCCUCAUGAAUUACGUUUAAAUAUUUAAUCUUAAGAUUAAAUUGUAUUAUUAUGUUAAUAAGAAACCUUAACAUCAAUGAAGGACUUUGUAAUGGUACUAGAUUAAUGAUCAUAGAACUUGGCGAUCAUUUAUUGAAAUGCAAGAUUUUAACUGGUGAUAAAACAGGAGAUAUUGUUUUUUUAAAUCGUAUAACAUUAUACUGUGAAAAUGUAUAUCCUUUUACAUUUAAAAGAAGACAAUUUCCGAUAAAAAUAGCCUUUGCUAUGACAAUUAAUAAAUCUCAAGGACAAACAUUUGAUAGAGUAGGAAUAGAUCUUCGCAAAGAUGUUUUUAAUCAUGGACAACUUUAUGUUGCUUUUUCGCGAGUUCGUUCUUGGCAAGCAUUAAAAAUUUAUCUAGGUAAACAACGAGAUAAUAAUAAUGUUAAAAAUUAUGUAUAUAAAGAAAUAUAUUUAUAACAUUUAUUAUUUUUUCGUUUUUAACUAUUUGUAUUAUUAAGAACGUAGAUAAAAACUAUAGAUACAUAAGAAAUAAACUGAUUAAUAAAGAUAGAUACAUGGGAAAUAAGAAAAAUAAAUAGAUUAAAAAUAAAUCAAUAACAUAGAUUAAGUAGAUAGACGAUAAUUGAAUAGAUAUUUAUAACGCGAAGUACUUAACGGGGAUAAAAAUUGACAUCAUUGUCGACUUCGUUUCUCUUGAGAUGUAUACAACGAUAAUGAACGGGAAAGUGAUUCACUGGUUCCUUUUCUUCAACCAGGUUUUUUUCCACAUUCCUGGUGACGGAACUAUCAAUAGAAUAGUUCUGUGCAACUUAAAAGUUUAGUAGGAUGGUGUCCCUACUUUACUACAUAUAAGAAUUUCCUUUUUCUUGAAAAUCAUUCAAGAAAAAACCAGAUUUUCUUCCACAUACUUGGUGACAGAACUUCUAACAGAAUAGUUCUAUACAAAAAGAUACCCUGGAAAUAACCCAUUAUGAUUUCCAAGGUAUUCCCAAGCGUUAAAACAAAGACACCCGAGGGGGUUUUAGUCGGUAAGAGUCCGGCAUAACCUUCACUGAAAGUCGUAGGUUAUCCAUGAGGAUUUCCCCCCGAUA